UUAAAAUUAAUACAACAAACAGAAAAAAAAAAUCAGAACCGCUUCUCUCUCACGCGACGCGACGGCGAUUCUUCUUCUCGAUCUCUUUGACGCGACACGACGGCGGCGACACUCUCCGAUUUCGUUUUAUCAUUUCCGGUGAUCAUCUCACGAAGAUUCGACUCUCCAAGGUAUGAUUCCUCUUCUUAGGGUUUCCUAUUUGGGGAUUUCGAUUUGUUGUUUGAAUAUUUGAUGUUCCGAGUUCUUUUUGUUGAUAAUUUUUUCCGAUUUGAUAUUGCUUCAAAGCUGAAUGGUGUGUGUUGUUCUUCGUUUUGUUAUAGUUCUCUUGUUAAUCUAAAAUUUUUAGAAUUUCAUAGUUAAGAACACACACAAAAAUUGUAGCUUUUUCUUAUGUUUUAAUCGUUAUUAUCAAUGAUUUAUGAAGAAAAAGUACAAUUUUACUUUGUGCUUUAAUGGUAUGUUGCAGAUUCAAGCUUCUUUGUGAGUGAUCUCGUUGUCUACUGCUUCUUGCUUGUGUAUAGGCUUGGUGAAAUCCGAGAGUUCAUGAGUGUGUGUUUUUAGUUCGUGUUGCUUUUGAAUUUGGGUCUGAGGUCUGAGGUAUUGAUAGAGUUAUACAUAUUUAGGAUUGCCUUCUUAAUUUUUCUUGUUUUACUAUCAAAAAUGACUUAUAUCCUUCCUAGCUCGUGUUGCUUUUGAAUUUGGGACUGAGGUAUUGAUAGAGUUGCAUUGAUAAUUGAUAGGAUUGUGAAAGUAUGUGUGUGUGUUUCUUUUUCUCAAUUCAGGAAGGGUUUGUAUUGUUUCAGGAAAGCCUUCCAGAAAAGUUUGAAAUUUUUUUUCCCCUUGUUUACGCAGGAUAGAAAAAAAUGGGAGAUUCAUUACCUCUCACACUAACUCUGCCUGAGCUCAAGUACCCUACUGGUUCAGAGCCAAAGGAAAAAAAGGUGUCAAUAAACCAACAUUCAACCUCGAUGUAUAUCUCCAUUGUUGAGAGUAUUCUAACAGCAGAUGAGAUUGAGAGAGUACGAGGAUUUUUGGGACCUGUAAUGAGGCUCAGUGGGAAGAGUGAAAUGAAAUUAUCAGGAAAGACUGUCUACGGUAUUCUCACAAGAAGCAUCGUUACUGUCAAAAAGAAUGAAGCUUGGUUCGAUUUCGCUGGUCAGCCAAUGAAGUUCUCUAUAAGAGAAUUUCAUAUGGUGACCAGUUCGAAAUGUAAUGGUGAAGUAGAAGGACCACAAGGGGAAUAUGAGUGGGGCUUGCUAAAGGGGCGUACUCAUAAGUUAAGCAACGUGUUGAACCAGCUCAAAAAGACAAGAGUAGAUGCUUCUGAUGAGAGAGUUUGCCUCGCAAUGCUCCUCUUGGUAGAGAGCAUAUUGCUGCCGAAGAACAACAAAGGGACUUUCCCUUUGGAGUAUGUCAACAAAGCAAAGGAUAUGAUGUAUCCAUGGGGAAGAGACGCUUACCUGGUGCUCCUGAGGUCAAUUCAAAAAGCUGUCGCAAACCACCUGGAGGAUACUUCAAAAUUCGAGUUGCAAGGUUAUCCUCUAGUAUUCCAUCUUUGGAUACUAGAGUCCAUUCCCUUGCUACGAGAUAAGUUCAGUAAUUGGGCACCGACUGUUGAUGUUCCUGGACCGAUUUACUUGUGUGAGAAAUACACUGAGCUAGAAAAUCCAUCACUUGAACGGGUUUUACAGAUUGAAGCUCAUAAAAAGGCAAGCUUUUACAGUGAUCUUGUUUUGAUAUCUUUCUCUGUUUAUUUCGCUUCUUCUUUUUAAAAACUUAUUCUCAUUGGUUUCUCUUUUUUUAUGCUUUCAGCUGAAGGUCACAUGCAUCAUACCUCCUGUUCCUCAUGAUCCAGAAGAUGAUGUCUCCAUGGAAGACGAACAUAGUGACGAGUUGGAAUCUGUGAAAGAUAUAUCCAAGAAAGGGUACAAGUUUAAAGCCGAUGAUUGGAAAAAUAGGUCUGUAAACACAUUGGACACAUUGGAUGCUCUUAUUCAUAUGAAGAUUCAUAUGACGGAAAAUGUGGAGACUAGCCAAGCUUCUGCUUCGAUUGAGGAUGACUCAGAAAAUACCAAACUGAACAAGAUCAUCGAGUUAAUGAUGGAGAAUGCCAAGAGCAUGAAGGAUCGAAUGUCCUUACUGGAAGCAGAGAACAUGGAGCUUAGAGCCCGUGUGUCAGAGUUGGAAGGAAACCAGAAUGUUGCUCCACACACUCAGACUCCAGUUUUUCCCACUAAUGUGACACAACAGGUAAAUUCUCAAAAAAUCUUGUUUUACAUUUGGACUUUUCAAGUAAUUUUUGGAAAAUCUUGUAUUGUUCUUGAAUGCCCUCCUAAUUUUUGACACACAGCGAUCCAGUGGGACACCUUUAUCUCCAAUGUCUCAACAGCCUGAGACCCCUUCCCUUCAGACUCAAGAAUUCUCUCCUAAUUUGCCACGAGAGGUAUAUGCUCAAGAUAUUGUUUUGCAUUUUGAGUUUUGAAGUAAUAUUUGGAAGCUUUUGAACACACUUGGGAUGACUUUUCCUGAUUUUUUGCAGACUGGGAGAGAGCCAUUUAAUGAGACCCCUUCCCUUCAGACUCAAGAAUUCUCUCCUAAUUUGCCACGAGAGGUAUAUGCUCAAGAUAUUGUUUUACAUUUUGAGUUUUGAAGUAAUGUUUGGAAGCUUUUGUGCACACUUGUGAUGACCUUUCCUGAUUUUUUGAAGACUGGGAGAGAGCCAUUUAAUGAGACCCCUUCCCUUCAGACUCAAGAAUUCUCUCCUAAUUUGCCACGAGAGGUAUAUGCUCAAGAUAUUGUUUUACAUUUUGAGUUUUGAAGUAAUGUUUGGAAGCUUUUGUGCACAUUUGGGAUGACCUUUCCUGAAUUUUGCAGAGUGGGAGAGAGCCAUUGAAUGAGACAACUUCCCUUCAGACUCAAGAAUUCUCUCCUAAUUUGACACCAGAGGUAUAUGCUCAAAAAUAUUGAUUUAUACUUGGAGUAUACAAGUAGCUUUGUAAGCUUUUGUACAUAUAAAGGCAUUACUGAUUUUCUUGCAGAAUGACCCAGAGCGAUCAUAUGAGACGCCAUCCAAUGCUAAUGAAAAAGAAAAUCUUAGCGAUGAAGUAAGAUUUUUUUCUAAAAUUAUAGUUGAUGGUAUUUUGGUAGAGAAACUAAUGAGAAAAUGUUUUUCCCAGGAUGCUACAGAGCCUGCGACUGUGAUCAUUGAGACUCAAGUUUGUACUCCAGUUCUAACGCAACAGGUACAUACUCAAAAAAAUCUUGGACUUUUCAAUUAAUUUUUGGAAGCUUUUGUACUUGUUCAUGAUCCAAAUCCUGUUUUUCUCUGCUUUGCAGGUGGGAACAGAGGCAACGAAUGAGACACCUGUCUCUCCAAUAGCUCCACAGAGUAUUGAGACUCCAGUUUUUACUCCAAUUCAGACGCAGCAGGUACAUGCUCAAAAAAAUCUUGGACUUUUACAUUAAUUUUGGGAAGCUUUUGUACUUGUUCAUUAUCCCAUUCCUGAAUUUUUUUUUUGUUUUGCAGAUGGUAACAGAGGGAACGUAUGACUCUACAGAGCCUUUGACUGAAAUAAUUUCAGCAACCAAUAAACAGGUAAGCAUAAAAACUCUUUCAUAGAUUCAACUUAAACUUUGUUUAAGUUGAUAUCUGUGUUUGUUCAUGAUCCAAAUCCUGUUUUUCUCUGCUUUGCAGGUGGGAACAGAGGCAACGAAUGAGACACCUGUCUCUCCAAUAGCUCCACAGAGUAUUGAGACUCCAUUUUUUACUCCAAUUCAGACGCAACAGGUACAUGCUCAAAAAAAAUCUUGGACUUUUACAUUAAUUUUUGGAAGCUUUUGUAGUUGUUCAUGAUCCCAUUCCUGACUUUUUUUUUUGUUUUGCAGAUGGUAACAGAGGGAACGUAUGACUCUACAGAGCCUUUGACUGAAAUCAUUUCAGCAACCAAUAAAGAGCCUUUGACUGAAAUAAUUUCAGCAAUCAAUAAACAGGUAAGCAGAAAAACUCUUUCAUAGCUUCAACUUAAACUUUAAAUCGUAGAAACUCAUUCAUAACUACCUCUUUUAUUUUAUUACAGGAGGAUACACAUGAUGUGCAUAACACACCUUCCUCUCCAGUCUCUUCACUAAUUUCACGAGUUAUUGAAGAAACACAUCAUCUUCAGACAAGUGCAUCUUCACCACUUUCUACUCUCUUUGAAAACGGGGCAGAUGUUGAGAUUGCAACUAGCGAUGACGCUACUUGUCGAAUCUGGUAUCCUGGAAAUGUAUUUGCUACAAAUCUGUGUGAUGGGGUAGAGAAGGUGGCAGUAACACUGUUUGCGGACCAAAAGAGAGUUACUGUAACAGCAGACAAAAUCCGCCCUAAGCCACCCGCUGAUGACAGAGAAAAGAAGUUUGAGAUGAUGGAUAAUGUUGAGGCAUUUUACAGUAAAGGCUGGAGCAGUGGACAAGUCAGAAUGAUUCUGGGUGAGAACACAUUUUCUGUUUAUCUGAAUAGCUCGAUGGAAACACUUGAAUUCAAAGCUUCAGAUUUGAGAAUUCAUAGAGAAUGGCUAGAUGGAGUGUGGAAGAUGGCAGAUGAGGUAAUUUAUAUAUCUUAGAUAAGUUGAACUACAGUUCUCUAUGCAUAUUUAGGAUUGCCAUCCUGAUUUUUGUUGUACUUGCACAGACUCCAUUGCAUGAAGCCAAUCCAGAUCAGACGGCUUCCAGACAAAAUGAAGCCAAUCCAGAUCAGACGCAGCAGGUAGAUGCUCAAAAACAUAUUGGACUUUUCAAUUAAUUUUUAGAAACCCUUGUACGUGUUCAUGUUCCCAUUCCUGACUUCAGGAUACUAAGGAGACUAUGAAUGAGACCAUUUCACAAAACAUUUCGGACACACAACGCUUUACUCGAGCUCGCGCAAAAACUUUAAGAGAGCAAAAUAAGGUAUUACUCAUUGAUGUUAUACAUAUUUAGGAUUGUCUUCCUAAUUUUUCUUGUUUUACUAUAAAAAAUGACUUAUAUCCUUGAAUAAAAAUCAUCACAGAACGAAGAACCCAGAGUUCAAACUCACUUUGAUGUCGGUGCUAAUGUGGAGAUUGCAUCAAAAGAUGAAGACAGAUAUGUGAAAUGGUAUCCAUGAAUUGUGUUGAAGACAGAUAUUCGAAAUGGGGUUGAGAUGUUGAAGGUUGAGUACUCAACACGGUUUUGUGACUAAGAGAAAAGGACAAAGAAACUUCAGGAAAGUGUGUCCAUUCACAGUAUCCGUCCUCAACCACCACCUGGAGAUACAAAAGGUUUUGAACUGAUGGAUAAGGUGGAGGCGUACCACAAUGACGGCUGGUGCAGUGGGGAAGUUCAUAUAAUUUUAAGUAAUGACAUAUAUUCUGUCCGUUUCAACAGUUCUACCGAAUUAAUUAAGUUCAACCUUUCUGAUCUGCGCAUACCUAAAGAAUGGGUAGAUGGUGUUUGGAAGAUGGAAAAAGAGGUAAACCAAAUGCCUAAGAUCCACUUAGAUUGAAGUUCACUUCAAUAUUCUGAUAUAUCGGUUUUGUUUCUCAGAUAGAAGUACAGCAGACUCAGAGUGUGAAGCCAAGACAAGACGAUCAUGCAAAAAAGGUAUGAAAUAUUUAUACAUCAUAUUAGGAAGGCUUUCAUGAAUAAAAGAUAAAAUGAUCCUGAAUUUUGGUCUUUCUAAGAUACUUUGUAUUUGUUUUUAAUUAAAGGGGAAGCCUGUUGUUGGUAUGAAGAGGAAAGCAACUGCUCAUCCAGUAGAUCAUGCAAAAAAGGGGAAGCCUGUUGUUGGUAUGAAGAGGAAAGCAACUGCUCAGCCAGUAGAUCGUCUUGCUUUUCUUCAACGAGAAAAGAAGAGGCCAAUAGUACCUAGAAACCCUCCUAUGCAUGUAACACCUGAGGUUAUCCUUCCUAUUGAUCCAUUUGUGACACCUGAAUUUCCUCUGUUUUCAAGGCUUGGAUAUUGGAUGCAGCUAUGUGGCAUACAUUAUGUGUAAGCAAAUUCUGUCCUUGUAUAAAAUAUUCGUAAUUUAUUUUGACAGAGAUUUGAUUGAUACUUUUAACUUUUGUCAAGUACAUGCCUCUCUAUAUCAAUGGAAACAAAAUAGAGAAAGAUUUCUUUGAAUACCUUGACUAUGCAGAAAACAAUCUCAAAGAAAAGGUAAUUAAUUUAAAAUAUGUUUCAUAUCCUACAACUAUUCUUUGUGCAUAUGAAUAGGAAGAGAUUAGGUUGAGCUAUACUAGAUGUUCUUGUUAUUGCAAUUGUGGAUUUUGUCAAAAAAGAAAGUUGGUUUCGGUGGUUACAUAGCGUGAUGUUAUUCUUGUUUAUUCAAUUUGUCAAAAUUCCACUGUGUCUAUGAAAUCUUCUAACUAUAUUAUUACUUUGGCAGCACGUAGAUGCUGCAUUUGCAAUGCUAAAUCAAAAGAGAAUUGAGCAAUCUUCUUGGUUCAGCGAGCAAGGUAUCCCAAAAGCUUGCUUUGUACCAGUCCAGUUCUUAGAAACGGUUGGAUACUGUUAUGAAAAUCUCCAGAAGCCAGAUAAAAAAGGAAUAAACAUCUUAAAGGGUUGGGUAGGCGAAGUUGUGAGAGGUUUAAUACGUCCAAAUAAGAUGUGGAUGCAAGAUGUUGACAUUGUCUAUGGUGUCGUUCAUGAAAGACUUGUGGAUCACUUCAUCGGGGUGGAGAUACAUCUGAUGGAGAACACAAUCACAAUCUUUCAUUAUGGCGUUCACAAGGUUAAAGAAAACCCUCUAAUCCAAAAACUGGCAGGUAAAUGUUUGUGUCUGUUUAAUGUCUUCUUUCUUAGGAUUUUGUUAUGUUAUGAUGUGUUAGGAUUGUUUCUCUGUUGUUUAAGCGCUCUGUUCUUGUUUAUCUAUGUGAAAAUAGAGUUAUCAUUGAAAUGAGUAAGCAUAGGAUAUCAUUUGUCAAAUUCAGGAUGGCUUUCGAGAAACGAAUAUGAAAACAUUUUUUUGUGUUCUGUCAGUGUUGAUUCCUGCCAUAAAGUUGGAAAUGAUGAAUGAAGAGAUAAACUUCAACGAUAUCGUCCCGUUUCAAGUUAAGAAGGCAGAAGGGCUCCCGAAGACAAAAUUUCCUUUCAAUUCUGGUCUCUUUGUUGUCAAGAUGCUAGAAUGCAGGUCAUUAGGAUUGAAGAAAAUGUCCAGUAUAAAUGAUGAUACUGCGAUGGAUUUACGAAGCAAACUAUGUUGUGAGAUGUUCGAUCAGUUUAUGGAUAAAGAUUUCCAGGAAGGUUGCAGAAGGUGAUCAUUCAGUUUAUGUUAGAUGUUUGUGUCUGUUUAAUGUCUUCUUUCAUAGGAUUGUGCUCUGUUCUGAUGUGUUAGGAUGGUUGCUCUGUUGUUUAAGCAGUCUGUUCUUGUUUCUCUAUGUGAAUCUACUGUUAAAAGUUUAAAUUGUUGAUGGCUUUCCAGAAUGGCUUUACGAGAGAUUAAGCUGAAUAUGAGUGUGAAUGAAUUGAAAAUAGAGUUAUCAUUGAAAUGAGUAAGCAUAGGAUAUCAUUUUG